AGGUGGCUGAGAACGCCUCUUCCCUGCUGGCCAUCCAUGCGCUGGGGGAAGUGGACUCGGAGUGCUCAGACACCGCCACCGUUUCCAGGGCCACCUGCCUCGGGAAGAGCAAAUGCAUGUUCCUGGAGCUGGACAAGCGGAACCUCUGCCUGCCCUGCGAGUGGGGCGGAGUUCCCUUGCCCUGCGUCCCCAGGAACGCGGCCUACCCGCAAGGCCAAGUGCAGAACUGCGAGAUGAGCUGUGAGCACCAGCAGAUGGUGUCCAAAGUCUCGGACUGCACGGACAUCAGCGGAGCCAUCCGCAUGGACGACUGCAUGGCCAAGGGCAAGAGCGCUGGGGUGUCCUGCAUGUGGACUGCAUACACUCGCAAGGAUGGCAGCCGUCGGACCAUGUGUGGCCCAUGCAAGGUGGACGGCCUGGGGGCGGUGGGCCGCUCCGCGCCGGGCUCCCAUGGCCCGGAGCCCGGGAGCCUCGUGGAGGCCAGCUUCUCCCAAUGCGACGAGCAGCAGCUGGAGGCUGCGAAGCCCUGCCUCGACCCAGCGGAUUGCCCAAAGGCCAAGGCGUCCUUGCCGCCGCAGAAGGGCGACCAGCCGGAAGCCAUGACAGACUUGACAGGCCUGGGCAUGAACACCACGGCGGAUGCGCCCAAGUACUUUGCGGCCCCGGUUUCGCCCCCUUACGGCAAGGAGGAGUACCUGGCAGCCGCCCAGGCGGCGGCCAAGGUGGCGGGGUGGACGGCGCCCAGCGAGCUGAAGGAGGUGGACGUGGCGCUGAAGAAGCCCGGGACUGCGCCGGCGGUGCCCAAUGACAUCACUGAGCACCCAGUGCCGCCGCUGCCGGGCAUGCUGUACCCGGUGCCGGCGUUCCGGCCGGCGCCAGGCACCUCGGAGAUCCUCGCGGAGCCCGGGGACUCCUUCCGCCCCAAGAUCCUCCGGGAGCCGUCGCUCUUGCAGUCCAACACCCACCGCCGGCUCCGACACGGAAACUGAGGUGGCCAUGCCACUGAGGGAAGGUUCCUGAAACUGCA